AUGAGUUUACUGGUGUACGCAAAGACUGAAGCAGAAUACGAGAAGCAUUUGCGACCGGACGCCAACGAGAGCACCCGUUCGAUGCGGCGAAGGCCACCCAUUGGUGGCGUACUUCCGCCGGAAUUGGGACAACUGCCGUACGACAAGAAGAUGCCCAAGAAGAUUGACGUGGGAACUUACCAGUCGAACUUGCAGAAGAUUGCCAAUUUCAACACGGUGGAGGACUUCUGGCGCCACUACAUCCACGUGAAGCGUCCGUCGCAGCUGAGUCGUGAUGUGAACCUUUAUCUGUUCCGUGACCAGCCGAACUGCGCGCCGAUGUGGGAGGCUUUCCCUCAGGGUGGCUGCUGGAUCCUCAAGAUCAAGAAGAAAGCCAACGUACUCGGUAAGAUGUGGCAGGACCUGGUCUUUGCCGCCAUCGGUGAGGCUUUUGAGCAGCUUGACGUCGUGGGCAUCGCCAUGGCCAUCCGCUCCAAGGAGGACAUGCUGUCUGUCUGGAACGCCGACAACUCGGACGACAACACCCGCUUCGCUAUCGGUGAGAAGCUGAAGGAGAUCCUCAUGCUUGAUUCCAACACGCUGGUGGAGUACAAGUUCCACGCUAACUCCAUCCGGGACAUGUCGACCUUCCGCAACGCGAAGCCCUACGUCUUCGCCGCUGCGACGCCGGCCACGACCAACUAA